AACAUUUCUCUAUUUUCAUUUCAUUUUAGUUCGUAUACUGAUAACCGUACAAUCUUGUGUGUACUGUGUAAAUAUAAAACACGUGUUGCGGGCCAUCUGAUAUCAUCAGUGCAGCGUGAUAAUGAAUUGAACUAAUUCAAUACAGUGAUCUACUGAUCUAUAUAUUUUUCUGCGCCAUACAUUUCGAUUUAAAAGUUGUAACAUGUUUAAUUCGACUAAGGUCAAAAUAGUUAGAGAGGGCAUAUUAAUAUGGUUUUGUGUAACAGCCAAUAGUCAAGACAUUUCAAAGGAACUAUACAGCAAUACUAUACUAAAGCUAAAUCGUAUGGUAAGUAUUCUGGAUUGUAUAAAGUUAUUAUAGGUAUAUAUAAAUUGUAUUUUUAUUUUUUUUAUCAUAUUCAUAUAGACGAAUAUGAUUAAUUGUCAUUUAGCUAUUUUUUUCACUUCAUUGUUUAUAGUUUAUAUUCAUUUAAUAAAAAAAUUAAAGUAAUAAAAUACAGUAGUAAUUUGUCAAAAAGUUAAUUACUACACCAUACAUAAUGGUAAAGGAAGAAUUUUCUUUUAAACGGACGUUUAUUACACAUACUCGAAGGCAAAUUUUACACAGAUUAACAAGGUCUAUACCAAAUUUGAGAGUUUUACCCAGAGGAUGGCAUAAAAAAAUAUUUAUCAAAGCAACUAAUAAAUUGAGAAAAGUGCAUAUGAUUUGGAAAAAUAAAAGAUACAAAAUCUCACAAGAUUUAAAACGCAAAAAACAAAUAGAACUAAAAAUGCUCGCUGAGUAUCUUUUUAAAGACAAAAAAUGCAGCUAUGAAUGUAAUACACGUAGUUUAUUUUUGAACGAACGGUUGAAUUCAUUAGAAAAGUAUUUGAAAAUGACAUUUAUGCGAACUUUAAAUGAAAAAUACGUUUAUGGUGUCAAAGUGGUAAAAUUCGACCGAAAAGGAUACAAACGAAGAACUAGACUGUUGAUAUUGACCAACAAAUCUUUUUGUUUAAACAAAAUUCUUAAAAAUAAAUUAAGACCUAAAGAAAAGAUACCUUUGGAUUUUAUAAAAAAGUUAGAAGUAACCUCAGGAAUGGAUAACUUUCUACUCAUCAAAAUUUCACCACAAUAUAAACACAAUAAGGGUGAUAUAAUUCUUGAAGUGCCAUAUUUGAUAGAAUUUGUGACCAAAUUCAUUAACAUCUCGGGAAACUAUAAGUUAUUAAAUAUAAACAAACUAGGUGUCAAUAAAAAGUUAUUGCACGACAUAAAAGGUUCUAAAAGUGGCGUUAUAGAGUUAAAAGAACACAAUUCCACGCCCAGUAUUACUAAAGAUAAAUACAAAAAUUUGAUUGUUUGUGGAUAAAAAUGUUAACACAUUGGACAUUAGUAAAAUUUACAUUAAAAUCAUUGAAUACUGUAUCAUUUGUAUCCUACUAUCAUUUCAUAUUUGUUAUAUUUACAUAUUGUUCUAAUUACAAUAUUUACAUGUAGAUAAUAGAAUUAACAUACAAGAUACAACAAUAUUAUUUACAAUCAAUUUAAUAUUGUACAUAAAAUAUAUUUAUUUUUACAUAAUAAUAUUAAUAUGACGUUAUAGUGUUACACACUUAAAUAAAUUAUAGGUUAUUAAUUUUUGUUUUUUAUUUCUACGAUUUAUGUAUUUUGUUAAAUAGGUACGAAGGAGCUGAGGCCUCUAAAAUAUCAGAAUUGAAACCUUUGCGUUUUGUAUACUCUCUACACUUCUGCUAAAUCUAAAUCCAACUCUGCUCAAAAACAUAUUAUAGACUAUAAACUAAUAUUGUAUACCUAUUAGACAUUUUACAUUAAUUAUACUUUGCCACAUAAGGUACAUCUUAAUUCUUAAGACUCAUAAAACGUAGAUAUAAGCGGCGACGCGACAUUGUGGAGCUGAAGAUAUAAAUUAUAUACCUAUUAUUACAUAAAAAAUGAAAUGAAAUAAAAUAAAAUUUAUUCUGUGAUAUUACCUAA